AUGAUCGACAACCGAAAAACCAAGGAGACCUCAGUGCACUUGAAAUCACCAAGCGCGAGUACGUCAUGGACAGUAACUGUUGCCUUGAACUACAAAGACUGCACUCCUGAUAAAUACCAAAAUCUGCCCAGUAAAUUCGACGUUCAGCUGACAGCAACAGACAUUUUUUACGUCGCGAUUAGUUCAAAUGGAGUUUAUCAAGGCAAGGCGGAUCCAGCAAAGCCCACACAAGGAACCGGAGAAUUUAGCUUAGGAAUUGUGACCGCCACCACUCCAGGAUACAACGGAAAUCUUGUGAUGUGUCGAAUGGAUGCCGGGGACUUCGACCCACUCCACCCCUGUAAUCCACGAAGUCCAUCAGACUUCUACUACUGGGAAACAAAUUACAAUGACGGGACUGACGAUCGUGAUUCGAAUGCCACAUUCUUUACUAACCAAGGAAAAUCAGAUAAAUACGCAGUGAUGUACGUAUACAAGCCCGUAAAGCCAGGAAGAUGGCAACUCUAUUACCUUGACGGUACUCCGAAAAAUGUCGGCUCCAAAACUCCAGCAAAAACCAACAUCACUGUCACGGCUACGGGAGUCUGGAUGGAAGUUCACGAACAAGGAGCCGUCUAUGUUUUGGCAUUAACCGGCUCGAAGGACCAACCAGUGAAACACAUUAAUCAAGUGGUACAAUCCAACUCAGUGUCUAUCCUCUGGCAAAUUCCUCAAAUAGUUAUAAUCACUGCGGCAGAGAUUCUUUUCUCUAUUACCGGUUAUGAAUUCGCUUAUUCGCAAGUCAGUUCGUGUUUUUUUUCUCAUUCCUUCAUGAACACUUCUUUCGGAAGUUGUAACAGAUACCCAUAG